AUGAAGGUGGGCUUACAGUACUCACUUGCAUACAGCUCCGGCUUCACUUCUUCAACCAGAGGAGAGAGAGCUCUGGCCACCAUGGCAGGGCUCGGCACCGGGGCGGGAGCUCCUGUUGUGAAGGUGUACCAUGAGAAGUCCAUGAUCCUGCCCGAUGUGUCGAGGGUGCUUGCUUGCCUGUACGAGAAAAACAUCGAGUUUGAAACUGUGAAAGAUUCGUACAAGGACAUACUCAGACUCCAGUCAACGAGGAGUGUUCCGGUUCCAUUCUACGACGGACCCACAUUCCGACAAGAGUCAAGAGCAAUCUGCCGCUAUAUAGCAGAAACCUACGAGCAGCGUGGGUAUCCUUUCCUCCUGGGGAAGGAUGUCCUUGAGAGGGCUUCCAUUGAACAGUGGCUCCGGCAUGAGGAGCAUGCCUUCGAUCCUCCGAGCCGGGCAUUGUUCUGCCACCUGGCCUUCCCUUUCCCUGAUGAAGACAUGAGUGACAUCGACAGGGAGAAGAGGAAGCUGGAAGAAGUCCUGGAGGUUUACGAGCAAAGGCUUGGCGAGAGCGAGUUCCUUGCUGGGAACAAGUUCACUCUUGCUGACCUUGUUCACCUACCAAACACCCAUCACAUAGUGACAUCCGAAGAGUUCGCCUACCUGUAUGACUCGAGGAAGAACGUGCAGAGGUGGUGGAAUACAAUCUCUGCACGGGACUCGUGGCAGCAGGUGGUGAGGGAUAUGCAGGACGUUGAGGAGCAGUACCAAAUGGAAGAACUUGAGCAGCAGCAGCAGCAGCAGCAGCUGGAGCAGCAGUGGCAGUGGCAGCCAGAAGGCCCAGAACCACCGGCAACAUAUAGCGGCCGCACCAUCCGCAUAGACCCUCGAAAGCAGACAGGCACAGAGUCACGGACAAUACUGGUUCCACCACCCAGCGGCGGUACUAUAUCAUCCUCAUCUUUCACAGUUCAACCUCUUCCCGCAGAAACAACCUCUCAUGGCCAAAAUUCACCUGGCCAAAUAAAAGAAAGUAACUUCUUUACCACCACCGAGAAAACACCACCACCCUCAAAGCAAAAAAGUCCCACCACUCAGAGAUCAGCUAGCAGUGUUCAAAGCACUACGAGUAACUUCUUUACCCCAGCUGCCCCUCCUAGCACCACCAAAAUGUCUCAGAGAAUUGAUACCGAGAAAUCCACCUCCAAAGAUGCCUCAUCUCCAACCAGACCCGGUCAAGGAUCAUCCAAAAAUGCUCCUGAUAAGCUCCAUCUCUCUGCUUCUGGUGAGGCAGCAACCCUUAGCAAACCUACGCUUUCACAAGAAGCCCCCAAACCCACCGACAAAACUCCAUAUGCACAACAGCCCUCUGAGCAAGCGAAGAAGGCCGCAGCUGAUCAAAAGGAUGCUGCUCAUUUGCCAAAGCAUGUGGCAUUCAGAGACAUUCAGAAUGAAACUGCACCACAAGCUAGAAGCCGUGGUGCCAAAGACAGCACUACAGAAGGUAAAGAGGCUGAUCAGAGGAGGGCUGCAUCAGCACCAACCAGGGAACUACCGCCAGGUUCUCAGAAUACCCCUCAAGCACCGCCAGCUGAUCUGAAAGUAUCUGACUCGUCACCAAUGAAAGAGGGUGCCAUCAAUGAAGAUGAGCGGUUCUCGACUAAGAGGCUCAGAAAAAUGCUUGAGCAAAGUGAUCCAGCAGCACUCAAACCACAGUCGACAGAUAUGCAACCCCCUCAAGUACAGGCAGCUGGCACAAGAGAUCCUCGCACUCCAAUCACAGCUGAUGAAAGGAGAGCAACUUCACCACCAGAAGGAGGAAUGGCUUCUGAUGAUCGUGGUUCCACACAGCCACGAAAAUCACCAUCCACCAAUGAGCAACAACCAGCCCCACGGAUGCCAAGCCAAUCACCAGCUGGUGAAAGUGCAGCACCUGCACCACAGCAAGCACCAGCAUCUGAUGGGAAUAAGCCGAUAUCUUCCAAGGAUAGUAGCAGGCAAACAAAUGAAACAUUAUAUUAUCGCAGCUCAGAAACAUCCAGAGAAAUGCCAUCAUCAGCCCCCGAGAAGAGCAUGAGACAACAGCAGCAGCAAAGUGAUAAGUCCAUUAGAUCGCCGCAAGACAUGGGCAAGCAAGGUUCUGAAGCUUCACCGCCGGUGUCUGGAACCGGGAAACCUGGGAGAACUCCAGGACAAGAUUUACUAGAGUCUCAGGAACAAGCCUCCCCUGAUACUCAGCAAGUAAAAAACAACAGAGAUAACAGCAAAUCGGAUGGCUCAAGCAAACCCACCUAGUUUGAUGGUAAUAAAGGUGAUGUCCCUGAGUCACAGAGGGGUGGCUCGUCAACCAACCUAUAACACAUUUCUAUCACGUCAUCUGGUUGCAGCUUCGUUGUUGUCGUCUUAUCUACCUCCCUAGUUUAACAUGCUCGUUAAUAAGGUCCAUUAUCUAUCACCUUUGGACCAACCAUGCCUGCCAAUUUGUCUACUCCACCUGGUAUAAUGUUACUACUUUUCAAUGGUGCAUUUCUUUGCUGUUCUUUUCCUGAAAAAUGACUUGUUUAGAUGGUCCUUGCAUUAGUAUUGUUUUGAAUAAUGUGAGUGCAACAGUUUGUUCUACAUAAGAAUCAUAUGCCUUUGUAUUUAUCCACAUGUGUUGACCUUAGUGAUGUGCUUGAAUUGAA